AAAUUAGCGAUUAUUAAAUAAAAAUUAAUGCUGUAUAUAGAAUUAUCAACGUGAUCAUUAAUCAGUGUAUCGAUUAAAUAUUGCAGUAUAAACAUAACAUUUUUGGAAUUUAAAUCUCCCAACAAAGUGACUUGAAAUAUUAUUAAAUUUAUUUAUAAUGCCUCAACAAGGAUCAAUAUAUGAUUUAGCUUAUCAUGGUAAAACGUCAGAUGUAAAAAUCUUACUUAAUCUAACUGAAUCUUUGAAAACGCAAACUGACACUAAUGGACGAAUGUUAAUACACUGGGCUGCUUUAGGUGGACAUGACGAUUUAGUGAGACAUUUAUUAUCUCUCGGCUCACCAGUUGACCCAACAGAUGAUACAAACAUGACACCGUUAAUUUUGGCAGCAUCCGCUGGACGAGAAAAAGUAGUUAACACCUUGCUUACCGAAGGUGCAAACGUUAAUGCAACGACUGAAGAUGGACAUUCGUCAUUGCAAUAUGCAGCAUCGAAAAAUUGGAAGUCGAUAUGCGUUGCAUUGCUCGAAAAAUAUGCUGACAUUAAUAUUGCUGACAAGAGAGGAGCCACUCCUAUGCACAGAGCUGCUUCAAAAGGAAAUAUUGCGAUAGUUAAACUUUUAUUAGAACAUGGAAAAGAUUUGAAGAUAGAUCAACAAGAUGCAUAUGGAAAUACCGCAUUGCAUUUAGCUUGUGAGGAAGAUCGUCGCGAAGAAGCACUGUUGUUGGUUUUAAAUGGUGCCAAUCUAACGUUGACCAAUAAAGAACGCAAAACUCCAUUAGAUUUGGCGGCUCCUGGAUUAGUUCAAAUGCUCAAACAACUAAAGGAAGACCCAACGACUGCUUAAGAUUUUCUUCUCUUAUAUUUCAGUUAUGCUUUAAUGCAACACUGUCUAACUUCUCUUAAUUUGAGGGUCAUAUUUUCUUUUGCAAACAUUUCAAGAACCCAAGAAAGGUAUAUAAUCAAAAAGUCAACAAUUGUCAUUUGAAAAAUUUCAUUUUAAUUAUUAAUUUGAUUUGGCAAAUGUGUCUCCGUUUAAAUUUUUGUUUCAAAAUAUUGAUUUGCUUUGCGGGCUGCCAGUUGGACAGUGCUGCUUUAACGUAUUGAAUGUUUCUUCUUAAGAAAGAAAAGAAAAAAAAGAAAAAAAAAGAAAAGGAAAAACAAAAAAAAGAAUAAAUAAAAAUACAAACGAAACAAUUCUCUAUGCGUGAUUAUACAAAUAAAAAGACUCCAAGAUUAGUGCUUUAAUUUGAUCUACUAUUUCAGCAUUUAUUAUACUUUUCUUUUAUAUACUUAUGAUGCAAUCAACGUUUAUAUUUAUUCCAUAUAAAACAUAUCAAAACUC